GCUCGCGUCCCCUUCUUCGUCGUCCUCCUCCUCGUCGCGAUCACCCCUCCAUAAGAAGAAGAAGAAGAAGAAGAAGAAGAAGCCCCUUCUCUUCCAUCGCGCGCUAGGGUUUCUCCCGCAGGUUUGGACGGGCGGUACCCAACACCUUGACGCUGUGCGUGUUGAGUCUGUCGGAUUGCUGUACUACUUUUGGUUUGUCACAUUAGAAAACUGAACCCGGAUUUGGAACUACAGUGCCUUGCGUAGAUGUGAUCUUGAAAAUGCGGAAGUCAUUAUAAUUCCUUUUUAUAGAAAAAUGGCUACUGAAAUCCCUAUUAGGAUGGUGGAAAAUGGUGGGGCUAGAAAUUGCCCUUCUUCUAGGGAUCAUGCGACUUUCAGACCUCCAUUGAAGACCACGGCAGCGGAGGAGUUAGGUUCUAUUUUACGCGGGCAUAGAGUACACGGAAGCGAGACGGGAACUGUGCCUAAUCGAAGUGGUAGUGCACCACCUAGUAUGGAGGGUUCAUUUGCAGCAAUUGCUAAUCUUUUGGCCCGAAACAAUGUAAACAUGGACGAGACUUUGGCCAAUCUUGGCAGCACCAUUGAAGAUUCUGAGAUUGAGGAAAAAUUACGCUCUGACCCGGCAUAUGUUGCUUACUAUUGCUCCCAUGUUAAUCUUAACCCGAGGCUCCCUCCACCUCUCAUUUCAAGGGAAAACCUGCGCCUGGUAAGCCAUAUUGGUGGCCUUGGAAAUAGUCGGAGAUUAACUUCCUUUGAUGACAGCGGCAAUGAAUCUUUGCAUCUGCCUAGAGUUUCCCUGUUUACUCAUAAUGAGGAGCCUGAAGAUGAAAAAUCACUCUCACAAAAUAUUGAAUUCGGGAUAGAAAGUAGUAUUCAUAUGCCCAUACACAAUGCGGUUUCUUCAGCAGGUCGUCACAAGAGUCUGGUUGAUUUAAUACAGGAAGAUUUCCCUCGCACGCCUUCUCCUGUCUAUAAUCAGACUCGUUCGUUGAGCCAUGUGAACGAGCAAUCAAUAGAUCGUGAUGUCCAUGGAAUUGCACUGGAUGUUUCUUCUAUUAAUAUUACCGAAGCAUCAAAAUCGAAUUCAGGCUCCAUUGAUGUAAAUGCUGAGACUUCUAAACUGAAUGCACAGGAUAUUGGGUUGAUAUCCAACGGUGAGACUUUACAUACUCCUUUUGCAAGUUCACCAAAUGUUGGAGAGAAAUUAUCGACUAUACAUGAAGAUGCAAGGGCGAAUAAAGAAAUAAAUGUAGGAAAUGAGGCGUCCAUUAAUGGGUUGGAUAUUUCUGGAGCGGAUGAGAGUAAUGUUAAGAACGCAGAAGAACAUGCCUAUAGGAGGAGCACUCCUUUGCAGCCUGCAUCCAUACUAAAUGGCGCUCAGCAUCGUGGUCCAGUUGUUCAUGGACAGGGGAAUUAUCAACAUCCACAGGGCCGGAUGGAGAGAUUUGCUUUUGGGCACCCUAGGUCCGCUCUUGUUGAGGCACAGUCAACGAUGCACUCACCUGGGCUCGCACCUCCGUUAUAUACGGCAGCAUCCUAUAUUAAUUCCAAUACAUUUUAUCCUAAUCUUCAGAUGCCAGGUAUGUUUGCUCCACAGUAUAAUAUGGGUGGGUAUGCUCUGGGUUCUGCAGUUCUUCCUCCAUAUAUGGCUACAUUCUCUCCGCAUAGUGGCUUUUCCAUGUCGGCUCCAGCCUUAAAUGGUCGAACAAGUGGGGUGUCUACUGGACAAGGAAUCUCAAAUGUGGGCGAUGCACCGCAUAUGAACAAGAUGUAUGGACAAUAUGGUUUGACAUUUCAACCACCCUUUGUGGAUCCUCUCCAAAUGUCUUAUUUUCAUCAUCCUAUUGAAGAUGCUUACGGUGCUCCAUCGCACUUUGGUCAUUUGUCUAGAGGUGGUGUUGGGGGUUCUAUGGAUUCAUUUGCAUCUCAAAAUGACGUAGCCUUUGCUACGCAUAUAGCAGAUCAGAAGCUAGAGUUUCAAGCUAAUGGGAGUUUGAACAUUCCAAGUCCUAGAAGCAGCAAUUACUAUGGAAGCCCCAGAAGCGUUGUUGCAAUAUCACAGUUUCCAGGCUCACCUCUUGCAAGUCCAAUCUUGCCAUCAUCUCCAAUUGGUGGAAUGAGCCACCUGGGUCGGCGAAAUGACUUGAGAUUUUCUCAGGGUUCCAGUAGAAAUGGAGGGAUAUAUUCUGGAUGGCAAGGUCAGAGAGGAGUAAAUGGCUUUGAUGAUGCUAAAAGAAAUACAUUUCUGGAAGAGCUAAAAUCCAGCAAUGCCAGGAAAUUCGACCUUUCUGAUAUUGUGGGACGAAUAGUUGAAUUCAGUGUGGAUCAACAUGGGAGUCGGUUCAUUCAGCAGAAACUAGAAAAUUGCAGUUUGGAAGACAAGGCAGCUGUUUUCAGUGAAGUUCUUCCUCAUGCUGCGAGAUUAAUGACUGAUGUUUUUGGGAACUAUGUUAUACAAAAGUUCUUUGAACAUGGUAGCCCCGGGCAGAGGAAGGAGCUUGCAGAUCAACUCACUGGACAGAUGUUGCAAUUAAGUUUGCAAAUGUAUGGAUGCCGCGUGAUUCAGAAGGCACUCGAGGUUAUUGAGCUUGACCAAAAAACGAUACUUGUUCAAGAGCUAGAUGGACAUGUUAUGAGAUGUGUACGAGACCAAAAUGGAAACCACGUAAUACAGAAGUGUAUCGAAUGUGUACCAACUGAAAGAAUUGGGUUCAUCAUAUCAGCAUUUCGUGGUCAAGUGGCCACUCUUUCAACUCAUCCCUAUGGCUGUCGUGUUAUCCAGAGAGUUUUGGAGCAUUGCUGUGACGAAGGGCAAAGCCAGUGUAUAGUGGAUGAGAUAUUGGAUUCAGCUUAUCUACUUGCUCAAGACCAGUAUGGCAAUUAUGUUACCCAGCAUGUUUUGGAGAGGGGGAAACCCCAAGAGAGAAGCCGAAUUAUCAGCAAGUUGACUGGUAACGUUGUCCCACUGAGUCAGCACAAAUAUGCAUCAAAUGUGGUUGAGAAGUGCUUAGAACACGGUGAUGCUGCUGAAAGGGAACUGUUAGUUGAGGAAAUCAUUGGACAAUCUGAGGAAAAUGACAAUCUGUUGGCAAUGAUGAAGGACCAGUAUGCAAAUUAUGUGGUUCAGAAGAUUCUUGAAGUUAGCAAUGAUAAGCAUCGGGAAAUUCUGCUUAGUCGGAUAAAGGUUCAUCUUCAUGCCUUGAAGAAAUAUACUUAUGGGAAGCACAUAGUUGCUCGAUUCGAGCAGCUAUCAGGCGAAGAUGGCCUAGCCUUGGAGCCAAGCAGUUCCUGAUGAAGCGUUCAAAACUUUGUUCCGCUCUAGGGUUCUGUACCCUUUGCGUGAAGAUAUCUGAAUGCAGGUUGGGCUUUGAAACUCGGGAGGUGGAUUGCGAGCGUGUUCUUUGCUAGAUGUUCCGGCAGAUGAACUUAUUGACGUAUAAGCCCAAAAGACAACCGAGGAACAAUUUAACGAGGAAAAGCAGAGUUCCAGGCUUUAGAAUGCUUUCGAUUGUUAUGGAUUGUAGGACUAACUGUAUUUAUGUGCAUAUGUACAUAGGUCAAAGCAUGGUGUGCUGUAAUUAGGAUUCGAAUAAUGGUACCACUUGGAAAUGGGUAAUUAUGAAGAAUCUCUCUUCAGGUGUAUAUAUUGGCAUAUAUGAUGAUUGUGCUUCUGGUA